GUCUCAUCCCAGUCCCUGAUCAGGGGAAGAGGGCAGCAUGGCCUUGGGAAGAAUGGAUAAGCAUGGAGUGAAGACCCCCUUGUGGAGGAAGGAACUGGCGGAGCCGCCAGCCAGCGAGGCGGAGGCGGCCGCAGAGGAGGGGUCGGAGGAAGAGGAGGACGAGGAGGAGGAUGAGGAGGAGGCGGCGGCGAGGCCGCGGGAGCAGAGCAGGGCGGAGGGCGAGGCGCCGAGCCGGGAGGCGGAGGGCGGCGAAGGCCGCGAGCGGGGCUCGCUGUCCUACUGCCCGCUGCGCCAGGAGUCCAGCACCCAGCAGGUGGCGCUGCUGCGGCGCGCGGACAGCGGCCUCUGGGGCUGGCUCGGCCCGCUCGCGCGGCUCGGCGGCCUNGAGCCACCGUGCGUGCUGGAGACGCGGCGCCGGCCGCCGCGCGCCGGGGGCUGUGCGCGCUGCGAGAUUCUUUUCUGCAAGAAGUGCAGAAACCUGCACAGCCACCCGGCCUACGUGGAGCACUGCAUUCUGGAGCACGCGGAUCCGCGUAAGGCGCGGGCUUCGGGGGGCGCGGGGGCCGCCGAGUGCCCCUGAGCGCCCCAGCGGCCAGCCCUCGUGC